GUGUGACAAAUGGUAUAUGGAACUUAUUCCCGUUGAAGCCGUGUUUCCGCUGGGACACUUUGAGUGUAACACCGGUCCCAGGCCUGUGUGUGCGUCUGUUGCCAUGACAACCCCAAAUGACCGAUUGGAAACAGGUGUGGGGAAUUUACCUUGGGGGUUUGAGUGAGGUCCUGUCAGCACUUGAGAGAGUAUAAAAAGCAAGAGAAAGAGACUGUCGGGGUGGUUCUCUCCCGUGAGAAGUCGUUUUAUCGAGUGGUUGCAGUUAUUGGAGUGCGGGUGAAUGAAGAGGAGAGUGUGGACUUGAUGAGGGACUCGAGGGCAACAGAGGGAAAGUGAAAUAUCCUGUUUGCAUUGGAGAGGAGCUAGGUAGUCGAGAACUGAGUCUCGUAAUUGCAUGUAUUCGACACUGAAUUGGAUGUGGUUUGGAGUGUGUGGAUCACGAUCAUAAAUGUCACCGAGUGGAUUGUACUGAUUCAUUGCCGACCUCCUGUCUCUUUCUCCAUCAUAAAUGGUGAUGUGAACUCUGCCUGUGUUUGUGAAGAAAAACAUCCCGAAAUACCCUUUGCAGCAUUGAUGAACGCGGCCCCCUCGGACAGAGACCCAAGGAAGUGGAAUUGCUGUGUGUGUGGAAGAUACAUUCCCUUUGCCGUGCACUCUCCCUGUGCUACGCUGGUCUACUGUCAAUAGUGAGAGUUCUGUGUCAUUGCUCUGUUCUAACUGAGUGGAUGUUGAGGAAUUAUCAUCUGGACUCUGAAUUAACCCCUCUGUUUGAGUGAAUAAGAGACGAGAUGCCUUGUUGAAUUGUUCGUGGUCUGUCUCCGUAGAAGUCCCAUUCAUCCUGCUGACGUUGAGUCUGCUGUAUUCCUGCAACGCAGCCGUAUUGUGAGAAGUGCUCACUCCCUUCUAUGCACAUGAACUGUAUACCUUGUGUGAAGCACCCUUUCUGUCUGCUCCAGUAGAGGUCCCGUUCAGCCCAUCGACUUUGAGCCUGCUGCAACCUGGGAGCCCACCUGUGUGGGGAGAAGUGACUGUCCCUCUGCUGUGAACGUAAAGCCGGUCCGUUCUGUCUGGAAUAUCCACUUCAUCUAGGCCAGAAGAGGUCUUGCUCAGCCUGUCGAAUUGAGUCUAGGGAAUUCCUGCAAUUCAUCUGUAUCGUGAGAAGUGUUCGUCCCCUUCCAACUCAUGUGAACCGUAUGCUUACUUGAAGUAUCCCUUCUGUCUGUUUCAGUAGGAGCCCUGUGCAACCGGUUGACUUCGAGUCUACUGUAUCCUUAUAGUCACCUGUGCUGAGAGAAGUGGCUGUCCUUCUGUUACGAACGGGGUUGGUACACUUUGUCUGGAGUAUUCCUCUGUUCCAGUUUCUGUGCCUGUGGAGAGAGGGAGGUUGAAAUUAUUCGCUUACCCUGUAAAGAUUCCCUCGCCACCCCAUCAUCAGAGUGUGAAUCUGCUGUAUACGUACCUGACUGACGGCCAUCUGCUCCGGAUCUCGUACCUGUGAAGGAAGGGAGGUUGGAAAUAUUUACUUACCAGAGAGACUUACCGGGCCGUUCGCCUGUUUACUGCAUCUCCACCUGGGAAAGACCUACCUGACAAUUUACCUGUCCACCGCCCCAUUCACUACAGGGCCCGCACUGAGGAAGAGAGAGGGAGAGACCCUGGUUGUUGUACUGUUCACCUUCGAUUCCUGAGGGCAAGAAGGAAGAAGAUUUUAGACUAGGAUUUUCAAAUUGCUUUUACUUCUAAAUAAAACUUGUUGAAAUUUUAUUCUGUCUCCGAUUUCUCCCUCUGAUACGCUCCUCGAGGUGGUCCUGGUUCAGGGGUGGGCGUAGUCCGGCUUGACCCAUCCCGACCUGUGACAGACUUUUGGCGUAGUCGGCAGGGUCUGCCUCGAGUUGAGCGACCAGAGGUGAGAUGGCAGAAGAGGGAGAGCCCGGGGUGCGGCAACCGGUCAUGCCGAUCUUCAUGGGGGCUCCGUGGGCUCCGAAGUAUGGAGGCCCGGGAUCUGAGAUGAGUUUGUCGAUGUGGAAGACCCAGGUAGAGUACCUGGCAGGGCUUCAAGGUUUGAGCGCCCCACAGAAGGUCCAGUUUGUUCUAAACUCCUUGGAUGGAGAAGCGAGAAGAGAAGUUCAGGCGGCUCCGGAAGCAACCCGAGCAACUGUCCAGGCCAUUUUUGACUUUCUCACGGGACAAUAUGGAGACGCCACCCCGGUAGCUGUUCUGAGAACGAAAUUCUUUAAUUCUCGGCAAGGCCCUCGCCAAUCUGUUCGGGCAUUUACCCUACAGCUGCGGGAGCAGUUUUCUAGACUUACGGGGAGACAGGAUCAUGGCCUGGGGGGCGAAGAGGCUCUGCUCCGAGAUCAGUUUUUACUGGGGUUACGGGAGGGUCCUGUGCGCCAGAGUCUGCGGGUGCAAUUUCGACGAACACCGAAUCUGACUUUUGAAGAGCUUCGACGAGAAGCGCUGGCCCUUGAGCAUGAUCAUGCGGAGAAUGUAGAUCCCCCCAGCUGUCUAGCCACGAACGUUGGGGGCACCCCUUCGACUACUGUGGCACCCGACUGGAAGCAGGCCCUACGGGAAGAACUGAAGAGAGAUGUGCGGGAACAAAUGUCUGACCUGUCCAAAUCUUUUAUGGAGGAGCUCCGUCGAGAACGCCCCCAGUUGUCCUCUUUACCGCGGGAGCGGACUUACUCUGAUGGGAAUCGUCCCCCCGACCGCCGUCCAUCCCGACCUUCGGGCUCUCGAUUCCAGUGGGAUGAACACGGGCGUCCCAUCUGUAACGGCUGUGGAGAGCCGGGGCAUUACUUUCGUCAGUGUCCUGCUCGACGUGCAUCGCAAGGGGGUUUUUAGAGUUUCCGGCCACUGUGGGUCAAGUGGUCGGGACCCCCUCAUCAGACCCCUUCCUACCUACAUCUUUUAGGAGCCGCUUGGUGGGCUGUUGCCCGGUGGUGGUGGUUCAGGUUAAUGACCAGGAAGUGCAGUGCCUUUUGGAUACAGGCUCCCAAGUGACCCUAUUCACCGAAAGCUUGGCCCAUGAGUUGUUUGGCACCGAAAGUCGACCACCUGCGGAAGCCCCCUGGUUGACGCUACGUGGGGCAAAUGGCCUCGACAUCCCGUACGUAGGAUAUCUUGUGACCGAUCUGAAGAUUCACGGGGUUGUAGUGUCUCAGAAAGGAGUGGUGGUCGUACGAGACACAUGCCUGGGGUCUCAUCGUGCCCUGAUUGGGAUGAACGUCAUUGCAGACUGUUGGGAGGAUUUGUUUCGGAGUAGACCGGCUCGGGCAGUUACAACAUCGGCCGGCCAGGAGUGGGACCGCAUCAGGGCUGACUGCCGCCGGGUAUGUCUUGCCGAACGACAGGGGGAUAGGGAAAGCACGGGAAGAGUGGCCUGCCGUUACGCCUUAUCCAUUCCAGCUCAGAGUGAGGCUGUGGUCUGGGCCAGGUUGCCCCCUCGACUUUAUAGUCCGGAAGAAUGGGUCAUGGUGGAACCUCACGAAGAUGGUCCCAAGGUGGAAGUCGCUCGAGGAUUGGCGACUGUUCGGGGGGGCCGGGUCUCAGUGCGGGUCAGGAACAUGAACCCCUUUCCUGUGCAUUUGUAUCAUCACCAACGGUUGGCCCGAGUGACCUCAGUGAGACCCCAGCAGGUUCGUGAACAGGGUGAAGUUAAUUUCAAUCGAGUGAGCCCGACAGUGGUCGAGGUGGCCCUGGCACGAGCUGGUCCGGAGGCGGGAGAGACAGGAAGAGGAAUGCCUGCCCACCUGACGGGGGAGUCUUUACGGGGUGAAGGACUAGGUGAAGAGCAAUUGGGACAACUCCAAGAGUUCUUGAGGAAGUGGCAACACUUGUUUUCCACUCAUGACGAGGACUACGGUCGCACAGAGGUGGUAAGACAUCAAAUCCCAACUGGGGACGCUGCACCCAGCCGAGAGCGUUAUC